AAUAGAUGAACUCUAAAGAGACAGCACCUCUCACAAAGCAGUUUCCAUUAAAUAAUAAUAAAAAAGCAAAACAAGAUAAAACGUAUGUUACAAUUUCAUCUAUAUAACAUCUGUGCACCUAGGCUAGCGCCCUGUUACACUACCAGUCUGUGCAUGGUCUUAUACUGUCCAUUUGCUGAUAGACAUUUCAGGAAUAGAAAGGCCAUUGAUUAGAUGACCGAUUCCAUCCAUUUCCAUGAGACUCGGAAACGGAAGUCAGUCACCAGCAAGGUCUGACAGAAAGGAAUGGCAGGAAUGUGAUGAGUCUGAUAAAAACAGGGGACACAGAGCUUCUUUUGUUGGAGGCGAUUUGUCCUGCUCUUCCACUUGUGAUCCCAGACGGUUUCCUCUGGUGAUCCACGCCCAGUGCAGCCUAAGCUCUCGUGUCCACUGACUUGUGGAUGUCCCAUCUAAUUCCACACUCUCCAUUUAAUUUAACAGCUGGGUGACGAGGCUACAUGGUGUGUGUUUCCUAUUCAGAGUGUGGAUGUGUGGGUCAGGAGAUGGAAAGCUAUGAGGAGUUCUGCCUGCGGAGUCUGGCCAUACUGCAGGAGGAGGGGAAAUUCAAGAAGUCGACAUGUGAGCCGCUGUGCUCCCUGAAGGCUCGCUCUGUCAUCCGCUUUCAUGGAAGAGCUGUGCUUUCGCCACUGUUGAGUGCAGAGCAGCGCGGGGAGAUGUGUGGCCACAGGCAGAGGGCAGUCCAGCGGGAGGUGGACAGGCAGAGCCAGCAGAGGAACGAGCUUCUGGCCCGAGUUCAUGACAUCCUGGACCAAGCUCAGACACAUAAAGUAGAGAGUGAAGAAGUUGACAAGCUGCCAGUUUCUAAAUCUGCGACAGUCAGUGGCUAUACCCUGGUCACUGACUCACCUGGACUUCCCAGAGACCCUGGAUAUGGACUUCAGACAAAUGAUCGGCCUGCCACUCCUUGCUCUGAGGACCCUGCCCUCAAUGGCUACAAGGCAAUGGACAAAGUGAAGGUGGAGAGGGAAGAGAAGAGUGAGGAGGAAGAGGAGGAGGAAGAGGACAUUAGUUUGGACAGCCAUCUUAAGAAAUCAAGAGAGUAUGUAAGGAGAGAGCAGAAUCAGCAGGGGUCAAAAGUAGUCCACACAGUCCCCCGGACUGCCCCAUCUGAGACUGUCUCUGACAAGGAGAAUAAGGGCUGUAGUCCCAUGGGGGACACGGGCGUUGAGUUUGGAUUCAGUCUGCAUCAUAGUCCUAUUGGCACACCUCAGAACCAGAUCCAGCACCAAACUCUAUAUGACCCCAGUCUCCAACAGACUGGCUGCCUCUCACCUACUCUACCUGACCGGUAUGCUCGUCUCCCGAGUCCAGAGUCCAGCAUUAGUCCCUGUGCACGGAGACGCAGACCACGCCCAGUUUCUACAGGCAACAUCCAUAUUUCAUUUCCCAUCGGCCCGGCAGACCUUAUCCCCCGAAGCCCAGGAAGGUCAGGGGAAGGUGCUAGCAUGGCAGAAUGGGGAGAAGCUCUUGCAGGGGCCACAAAGUCCUCCGAUAACUGGGGCUCAGUGAGGUGUGAAGGUGGGGUUAGUGUUGGCAGGAGUGGCAAUCGUCGAUCCAGCCAUUGUGGUACCAGUCCAAUGCAUGAGGCCUGUAGCCCCAUUAGUGCCUCAGUGCCCAGCCAUGGACACCAGGACCAUCUGGCCGCAGGAUUUCGCCGGCGCUGCCACACCCUGGACAGCCAGUUGCAUACCUACCCCUCUGGAGUUGAGUACAUUGACCGCAGCCAGGAAAGGGUCCCUCGUUUCAUGGCAGGGGUUACAUGGUUGGCUUCAAGUCGGCGCACCCCUGCAGCCCCCUUAAACCAGUCGUAUGAGGUAGAGAAUCCCUCACCAUCUCUGUUGAGGCCCCGUGUGACUCCUGACCUGGCUCAGGUCACACUCAGGAUGGAGCCCGAUGAUCCUCAGGGGCUUAACAAUGGAAGGAUCACACCAACAGUCCUCAGAAAUGCACCUGAGACACAGGCCAGCAGGACAGAGGACACCCAGAGGCGAGCGCAGGCCCUGGAGGACAUGCAAAGGCGCCUGGAGGAGGAGCAUGCCUUCCAGAUGUCGCUGCUCCUGGCUGAGCAGGAGAAAGAGCAACAGCGCCUCCGCCUGGAGCUCGAGGACACAGAGAGAAGACUGAAGGAGCAGGGGCGUCUGCGGCCUCUGAGUGGGGAUGCUUAUGGGUGGAAUCGUAGGUCUGUGAGUGACAGCUGUGCUGCUGUGAGCCCCUCCUGUCCGGGACUAAGCCCUGCCCACACACCAUCUGAGCGAUCACCUGGACACAGUAUAGGUUUCCCCAGUCCUGUCACUUCCAGUGUGUGCUCUCCCUCUGUCCAGCCUCCAGUUUACCUGUGGGGGCCCACUUGGGCAGCUAGCAAACCUCGAGCAAGGCAAAGUCUGGUUCUGACAGCAGAGCAGCAGGGCACGUUCAGUCGUAUUGGUGCCAUCACUCGUGGGUUCCUCACACGCAGAUUGCUGAAAACAGAGAAAGUCAAACACGUGCGCCAGACCAUUUUGGAUACACAGGAGUUCAUCCAUUCAUUCCAGAUUGAAGCUCCACUGAAGAACUGCACCCUCUCAGCACAAGAUCUCUCCCUGCAGGAGAGAGUCAGAGCCCAGUUACGUGCAGCCCUUUAUGACAUCCAUGACAUCUUCUUUGAAAUGCCACUGGGGGAUCGAUUAGCAUUGCUGCAGCAGGACAGGGAGCUUCGUGCGGAGAGGAAGCUGCGAGACAUGGAGAAAACCAAGUGCCCCAAGGAGAGAGUGGUUCUGUCUGCUGCCACACAGAGGUCUCUGGACAGGAAAAAGAGGGUUGGUGAAUCCCCAGCACAGGUGAGGAAGGUGCAGCAGAAGCCAAAGAGCCCCACUACCAACAGAGUCCUGAAGCCAAGCCAAGGCCAAAAUUCUCCUGUCCCAGGCCAGCUGAACCGCCAGGGGAGCUGGUACAGAAAGACCCCAGAGGAGAGAGUAAAGCGCUCAGACAGCCUGAAGAAACAGCACUCUCUUGGAUAGCAGGUGACUCAACACCUCCUGACCUGUGAACUUGAAUUUAUAGUCUUCUAAUACAAAUAUUGCACCACUGACACUCCAGUAUGCGCUGCUAACAAUAUCAUGGUCUUUAAGCUACCUUCUGAAAUUCAAAUGAUUGUAUACACAAUGCCAUUGUUUUAACUGUUGUAGCUUUAGUUUUUGUGUCUACAACUGAUUGUUAUACACAAGACUUACAUGUAGCUGGAGUAUUUAAUGACUAAGAGGGUACAUUUUACAUUUUAUUUGAAAGAAAAAAAAAAAGUAUCUGUACUUAAAUGCAAGCCAGAGGCAGGUCAGUGCUAAAGGGAAAUAAAUUAAAAUAAUAUAUCUGUGCCUAAGAACUAUGCCUUUGCUAUAUGUAAUAUUUCAGCAUGACUAUAUUUACCAGUUGUGUUCAUAAACUUCUAGUGCUUAUAGCUGUAAGUGAAUUUACAAACACCAGUUUCAUGCUGACACUCAAUACUGUAAUUUAAGUGUGUGUAAUUCAUUCAUUUUUUAUAACAUAUUCAUGAAGUUUUUUGUUCAAGGGCUUUGAGAACCUAUUUGUGCUUUGUUUCUUUAUUUAAUGGUGCUGAGUUUAUAGUACUCUUGAGACAUUUCAGUGUGUUUAAACAUUUGAUUUAUUUGAUGCCUAAUAAAAAAAAAAAUCUAAAUGUAUUUGAUCACACGCUGGCAAGCUGUUACAUUAAAUAUAGCUUCACACAGCAGGAAAUGCACAACAGGCAUUCAGUUUUGAGUUUGUUCUAGAAGUAGAACUAAAUUAUUAAGACCAUAUGAAAUGCAUGGCAGAAGUUUUUCCCCUUAUUUCCCAUUAAUGAAACAAGGGAAAUAAGGGUUGGACUCUGAAUACAAGAACAUUAAUGUCAACAUAUUAUCAAACCACAUGUUAAACACUGGUACAGUCACUUGGUCACUGCAAUGCCACACUGACUUUAUACUUUAUAGUGUGUUGAUGUUGUUCAUUACUGUGCUUUCUCUUUUAAUUUUUAAUUUUUUUUUAAUUUAAAAUGCCAAAUUG